AGAAAACGGCAUGAGUUUCGUUUCAUGAUUAUUUCUAAUUCUAUACCAACGUAUGGCCUUGAAACAAUUGCCCCGUCUCAAUGUUCCCCGUACAUUUGCAUGAUGACUACAUUGUGGCUGGUGAGGGCUUGGCGCGUCAACCAUAUUCAUUGAUGGCCAUCGCUUUUCGACAUUGACGACAUAUGCUUUGUUCCUGACUUUCCCAACUACAAUGUCGUUCCACUUCGCCAGGACGUAAUUGGCGUCUCUCUCAGACAUCAUGAGCGAGACAUCGCAAAUGUCGGGCUCGCGCCGCUUUGCGCGGCCCAGUCUCCGCACAGCGACAAUGGUCAUUCCAAGGACAGGCGAACGAGUCAAGAAAGCCUUCACCCUCCGCCGAGCCCGCCCCUCAUCCAGCGAAUCGACCGAAUUCCUCCUCGCGCCAGGCAACCACAGCGAUCCGAAUCGCCACCGCGAGCUGGGCAAGAUCGACCGCUGCAAAGAGUACUGCAAGAGCAAGGCAAGACGCGGAUACAAGUACGCGACCUCGCCCGUCGGCAUCAACAUCCUCAAGUGCUCCCUCGCGUACAUCCUGGGCAGUCUGGCGACGUUCGUGCCCCCGAUUUCUGGGCUGCUGGGUCGGAAUGAUGGGAAACACAUGGUCGCGACCGUUACGGUGUACUUCCACCCCGCGCGGACGGCCGGAAGCAUGGCUGAGGCGAUCUUGGUUGCGUUUGCUGCGUUUGUGUAUGCGGCUGUGGUGUCGUUCUCAAGUAUGGCCGUGUCCGCCGUCCUGGGACAUAAGGAUCUUCUCGUCCUGGGUCACGUCAUUGUGCUCAUUGUGUUCUGUGGAGGCGGCUUGGGACUCAUCGGAUGGACGAAACAAAAGCUGGGGAACCCCCUCGUGAACGUCGCGUGUUCGUUGGCUUCUCUAGCGCUCAUCACCGUUUUGACAAAGGAGGGUGCGGUGCAGAAUGGCCAAUUCUCGUACAACAAAGUCUGGCAGGUGUUGAAGAUGGUCAUCAUGGGAACGAUUGCUUCGUCUGCGGUCGCGCUAUGCAUCCGGCCGCAAUCGGCGCGGAACGAGUUUCGGGAUACUUUCAUUAAGGCUACGGAUGCUAUGGCAGAGAUGCUCACGGUGAUUACACGAAGCUUUUUGUCGGGGUAUGAACAGGAUUUGAAGGACCCUGCGUAUUUGAAGGCAUCUAGCCAGAGCAAGGCGGCGUUUAAGACCUUGGUGAAGAAUAUGGGAGAGGCGAAAUAUGAACACUACAUUCUCGGGACAGAAGAGCAACACAAGAUCGAAGCAAGAUUGGUCAAGUGCUUGGAACAAUUGGUUCAGAGUAUUGGUGGUCUACGAAGCGCCGCAGAGACGCAAUUCACAUUGCUCGCUCAAUCCGAAUCGACGCGCACUCCCUCGGGUCUUGACAUACCGACCCUGAGUAAGCCCAGUUCUAUCAUAUUUCCAGAAAGUCAAAGCCAAACCCCCGAGGCGAUGCUCUCGCCGAGCCUAAGCCUUCUGGAGAGACGUAGCAGCAUACUCGCCUCCAUUGAUGAGCGCCCGGAAUCGUCAGGAUACAACUCGGAAUCUGAAACGCCCGAAUUGGGCCGCUCGAUGUCGAUGCCACAUGGUCUGCAUUCGAACUUGACUGCUGCGGACAUGUUUUCUAUCUUCAUUGCUCACUUGGGGCCCCCUAUGAAGUCCCUAGCAUAUACGCUACGAGAGGUUCUGGAGGAAUUGCCGUUUGGACCUGGACCUGAAUAUCUCAUUGCCAUUAACGAACACUUCCGUUACAGUCUGGUCGACGCCAAUGCAUUGUUCGCCAGCGCAAGGUCCGAAGCAUUGGCCGCUGUAUACAAGAACAAGCUCUCUAACAAGAUGGGCUCAGUCGAGGUUGUUGCUGACUUCGAAGAGGUUGCUGCCAGCUGCGGGUACUUUAGUUCCUCUCUGCAGGACUUCGCUGAAGACAUGGUGACAUUUUUGGAUGUCCUUGAAGAGCUGAAGGAAAAUGCUCAUAGCUUCCCAAAGAAGAGGAGCUGGAACUGGCUACGAUUCUGGCGAGGCUGGUUCUCCUCGAAGAGAGAGAAGGCAAACGAUGAUUCCGAGGAGACCAGUCUAGUUGACGAGACGGCCGAGCAGAGCUACUCACACGAAAUACACAAUCCCAUCCAACGCCUCCCCACAGAGCUCUUGCCUACGAACAGUCUCUCGCAAAAGCCACGAGGCGAGAUAUCCACGCAGUAUCAAAUUUGGAAAGCAUUCCGUGUCUUCCGACGAGACGAUGUCAAGUAUGCCGCGAAGGUCGGCAUUGGAUCAGUCUUGUACGCCAUGUGGGCUUUCAUUCCAUCUACACGAGACUUCUACGGCCAUUGGCGGGGUGAAUGGGGUCUUUUAUCUUACAUGUUGGUGUGCUCAAUGACGAUUGGUGCCUCCAACACCACUGGCUUCCAGCGUUUCUUCGGAACAUGUCUUGGUGCUGUUUUCGCUAUUAUAGCAUGGAUCGCCUCGGAUGACAAUCCUUGGGUGCUGGGCUUCUUUGGCUGGCUCGUCUCGCUUCAAUGUUUCUACAUCAUCGUCGGCAAGGGCAAAGGUCCUAUGGGACGCUUCAUCAUGCUGACCUACAACCUGUCUGCGCUAUAUGCCUACUCGCUAUCGGUCCGAGAUGAAGAAGACGACGAUGAUGAGGGCGGUAUUUCACCCGAGAUAUGGGAGAUUGUACUCCACAGAGUGGUGGCUGUCAUGACUGGAUGCAUCUGGGGUAUCAUUGUGACCCGAGUCAUCUGGCCCAUCUCCGCAAGGCGCAAGGUGAAGAAGGGGACGUCCUUGCUCUGGCUCAAGAUGAGUUUGAUCUGGAAGCGCGGACCUCUCAAGCAGCUACUCAAGGGCAAUCUCGAGGAUAAUCGAGCACCUGCAUCCUUCUGCUCCGUCCGUGAAGAGCUUGAGUUGCGUCAUUUCCUGGCUCAUCUGGAUACUCUAUGCAAUUCCGCCAGUUCUGAAUUCGAGCUGCGGGGUCCAUUCCCCGAGAAGAACUUCCGUGUCAUCUUGGAGGCCACCGCUAGGAUGCUUGAUAGCUUCCACGCAAUGAAUGUGGUCAUCUUGAAAGACCUAAAGGCGACCGAGGGCGAAAAGGAGAUUCUGAAAUAUACUAAAAAGGAAUGGACGGAGCUGAGUUGGCGAAUUAGCCAUUUGUUUUCAGUGAUGGCAUCGUCCAUGAAAUUGGCAUAUCCACUUAACGAUGUGCUACCGAACGUUGAACACACUAGAGACCGACUCCUAGCUAAGGUCUAUGAGUUCCGUAAAACCGAGGCGGGCAUUGCGUUGACGAAAGACGAGGAUUAUGAGUUGCUCUACACUUAUGCCUUGGUCACUGGUCAACUGGCACAUGACCUCACCCUUAUCGGACAGGAAAUCGAAAAAUUGUACGGCAUUUUGAAUGAGGAGGAUCUAAAACUUGAAUAGAACAUAGGCUUGGUAGCCAAUUGGAUAUAUACAGUACAUACAAAAUCAUGAUUAUGGUUUUUUUCA